AGCCUUCCUACUGCCUCUCCGGUAGGCGGAGGAGCUGAGGCUGCGGAAGGAUGGACCCUACUACGGCCGGAGGCUUUACCCAGGAGCAGUUCCUGGAGGCCUGUGCCGAGCUCCAGCAGCCCGCACUGGCCGGGGCCGACUGGCAACUGCUGGUGGAGACCUUGGGCAUCAGCAUCUACCGGCUGCUGGACCAGAAGACUGGACUUUAUGAGUAUAAAGUCUUCGGUGUUCUGGAGGAUUGCCCGCCGGCUCUGUUCACAGAGGUCUAUAUGGACUUAGAGUACAGAAAAAAGUGGGACCAGUUUGUUAAAGAACUCUAUGAAAAAGAAUGCGACGGCAAGACCGUGGUCUACUGGGAAGUGAAGUACCCCUUUCCCCUGUCCAACAGGGAUUACGUCUACAUCCGGGAGCGGCGGGACCUGGACGUGGAGGGACGGAAGGUCUGCGUGGUCCUGGCCCAGAGCACCUCCGCCUCGUGCUUUGCUGAGAAGCAGGGCGUGAUCCGGGUGAAGAAGUACAAGCAGAGUCUGGCGAUUGAGAGCGACGGCAAGAAGGGGAGCAAAGUUUUCAUGUAUUACUUCGAUAACCCGGGUGGCCAAAUUCCGUCCUGGCUCAUUAACUGGGCCGCUAAGAAUGGAGUUCCUAACUUCUUGAAAGACAUGGUGAAGGCCUGUCAGGCCUACCCCAAGAAGACCUAAGGAAGGGACCUGGGAGCCUGGUGCCCAUGGACUGAUGUCUGCGGAAGAGCCACGACCCACGGACACUCAGCCUUCCUUUGCUUCUCCGUCUCCUGAGGCCGGCACGCGCUCCAGUGCAGCAGGCUGAGCCUCUGUGCCUGCGCCUGGCUUCCUUUCCCACUCUCCCGACCUGGGACCCCUGCCUUCUUCCCCUAUUGAAUAUGGGUCAGAUUAGGGAAACUUCUGCUUUGUUUUUCAAAAGGGAAGUCCUCCCAUAGGGAACACAAUCACUCCAUUGUGCCAUUCGAAGGG